GGGCUCGCCUCACGGGCUCGCCUCACGGGCUCGCCUCACGGGCUCCGCUCGGCGCCCUUGACGCGGGGCGGAGCCGCCUCAGCGCUGGCGCUCGGUGCCGCCGCUCGGUGCCGCCGCCCCCCGGCCGCACCGACCACCUGAUCCCGCUCCGCCCGCCGCAGCCGCAGCCUUUGUGUGAGGAGCGGGGCGGCGCGGGGCGGCCCCAUGAGGCGGUGAGGGAUGGCGGCGGGCGGCGGCGGCGGGCGGCCGCCGGGCCCCGACUCGUCGCUGGAGCCGUACGUGCAGACCCGCAUCUUCAAGAUCAUCGUGAUCGGCGACUCCAACGUGGGCAAGACGUGCCUGACCUUCCGCUUCUGCGGGGGCACCUUCCCCGACAAGACCGAGGCCACCAUCGGCGUGGACUUCCGCGAGAAGACGGUGGAGAUCGAGGGCGAGCGCAUCAAGGUGCAAGUGUGGGACACGGCUGGCCAGGAGAGGUUUCGGAAGAGCAUGGUAGAGCACUACUAUCGCAACGUGCAUGCCGUCGUCUUCGUUUACGACGUCACGAAGAUGACUUCCUUCACCAACCUCAAGAUGUGGAUCGAGGAGUGCAACGGGCACGCGGUGCCCCCCCUGGUCCCCAAGGUGCUGGUGGGGAACAAGUGUGACUUGAAGGACCUGAUCCAGGUGCCGUCCAGCAUGGCCCUGAAGUUCGCUGACGCUCACAACAUGCUGUUGUUCGAGACCUCAGCCAAGGACCCUAAGGAGAGCCAGAACGUGGAGUCCAUCUUCAUGUGCCUGGCCUGCCGGCUCAAGGCGCAGAAAUCGCUGCUCUACCGCGAUGUGGAGAGGCGGCCGGGCCGGGGGCACCGCCUGGAGCUGACGCGCGACGCCAACGCCCGCUGACGAAGGUGAAGCUGAUCAACGAGCUGAACGCGCGGGAGGCGGAGCUGGGCGUGCAGGAGGCGGUGUCGUGGCACGCCGAGUACAAGGACAGCGCCUGGGUCUUCGUCGGUGGGCUUGCCCUAC